AUGGAUAACGUUGAUGGGUUAGAGGAGUGGCCCUUAACGGUUCGGCUGGAGGUCGCUGGGAGUUCGAAGGACCUUUGGGAAUCGAAGAAAGCCGGUCCUAGUUACAAUGCGUUUCUUGCGACCCGUCGUCAGGAAUUGGCGGGGAUCCUUCCCCCAGCCCAGAAUGCUAGUGCGGAGGCGUGGGCAGAGUUUCGCUCGAAAAAGCUUCUGCGUACGCUACCGGGAGAUGAGGGUUUCGUUGCCUGGUUGCAGGCGAAAGCGUCCUUCCUUGAGAGAAUAGUAGUGGUGGCUCGAGAGUGGGGGGAUGCGAUAGAUGAGGUUGAGGGCGCUGAUGGCGAUGGUGACAGUGAUGGUAAUAGCAGAGAAGCUUCUGCUGAUUACUUUGAGCGGAUCCUUCGGGGAGACUUUCCUUUGGAGUUAGAGGAAAUCUGA